GGCCAGAGCGUUCCCCCGACACCAGCGCUGGACUUCAGAAGAGGUGGUUACAAGACAUUGCCAACCCCUCAGAAAUCAGGAUGGAUUUAUGACACACCAGUGCCUCUGGCAAAGGCCACUGUCAGAAAUGCAUCUCCAACCGGCUUCACAGAAGAGUCAAAGCCAAAUGCUGUCCCCAGUUCGGCAGCCACUGCCCUCAGUCCCCAGGGCAGCAGAGACUGGGUCCUCCAUCCGCAGCUGUGUGACAAUGUGCCCAGGCAGAAAAAGCUCAGCCUUCCUGAAAUCCCUUCCUCUUCCUUCCCAGCACCCAAUAACACAGUCCCUUCAGAUGCAGGCAUCAGCUACAAGGUGCCUUCAAGCUUUCUGAUUCCCCGAGUGGAGCAGCAGAACACCAAGCCUAAUAUUUACGACAUCCCUAAAGCAAGCUCAAGUGCAUCUCAGGCUGAGAAAGAGUUUCAAAAAGCCAAGGAGGCUCCAGAGAAUUCCACGGGCCUCAAUUCCUGCCCAUUCUCAAGAUACACAACCACUCUGUCUCCUGAGCUGGACAGAUUGUCUCUUUCCAGCUCCGACAGCAGAGCCAGUGUUCUUUCUUCAUGCUCCUCUACAUCCACUGACUCCUCCUUCAGCUCCUCCUCCUCAGAGUCAGCCAAGGAGCUCUGUCUGGAUGUGGACUCAGCCAAAGACAUGGCAAUGGCCCUGCAGCAUAAGGUGGUCAGCUCUGCAGCUGGCCUGCUGCUGUUUGUGAGUAGGAACUGGAGGCUCCGAGACUCCCUGGAGGUCCACAUCCACGCAAUCCACAGGGCCGAAGACCACAUAGCAGGGUCACUGAGACAAUUCCUGGAUUUUGCCCAGGGAGUUCGUGGGAUCACCUGCAACCUCAGUAACAGUCACCUUCAGGCCAGAAUUCAGGAUCAGCUACAGACAAUCUCCAACUCCUACCAGAGCCUGCUGGAAGCAAAGGAAUGCCUGGACAGCUGCAAGUGGUCUCUCGACGUUCUUUUGGUGGACAAAGUCCAAAACAGCAUGGAUGACCUUGAGAGGCUUGUCAUGGUUGCACAGACGGUUCCUGAAGAUGUCAAGAGGUUUGUCUCCAUUGUCAUCGCUAACGGGAGGCUCCUUUUUAAGCAGAACUGUGAAAAAGAAGAUACAGUACAGUUGCCCCCAAAUGCAGAAUUCAAAUGUGCGAAAUGUGUCCAGCUUCCUCAAAGAGAAACGGAAUCCUACCAAAAGAACACUCCUUCUAAUAAACAGUGGGGAAAUGAACACUCCCCUAAACUAGCAGAGAAAAACAGGACAGCUGUCUGUGAACAGAUGUUACCUGGCCUAGAAGAGAAAGAAAAGUCCAUCUUAGAACGAAAGUCAGAUGAAAACAAAAACGUAGGACCAGUGGCAUGGAAGCCUCACAUUAUGCCAGGAAGGAUUUCCUAAAGGGGAAGGUUAUGACUGUCACCAGCAAUGGAUGGGCAGAGACUCCUAUGGAACCAGCAGGGUUUGGAGCAAGGUGACCCUGAAUCAACAGCAGGCCUGUUCUCUUCCUGCUAGGUCUUACUGUGGUCUUCCUGGGAGAACGCCAUCUCUGCUGGGAAGCAGACACUGCUCAGGGGAAGCAGGGUGCUGGCAGGAUGCUCAGCAGGGACAUCUGCAUGUGGAGUGAGGGCCCAAGGAUGUGCUAAGUGUGGCGAGCAGCUCUAGCUGGUGAGUUCCCUGUGCUGGGGAUGCAGCCACUGAACAAGGAUGGUGGGCCUGGAGAGCUCAAAGGGGCCUUCAAGACCAUAGUCUAGUGGUUUCCAAAAGCCGUUAUGCAGGAGACACCCUGCCUGACACAGCAGAAUCACCUGGAGGGUCCAUCAAAAAUCCAGGUGUCUGGAAAGACUUGUACUAGGAUCAGCAGGGCAAUGCCAAGAGUGUGGAGUCUGCUACUUAGCCAGGGUCCCCAUGAACAAAGCAGCUAAAAUUGAAUGAAGAGCCAGGUGAGGAGUCUACCUGUCUUAGCCAAAUAAACUGUUAAUUUCUGCCACUAAGCCUCUGCAAUACCUGUGUUUCAAAAGCUGUCAGUAGAUGCAGAUGCCUCUCUGAUGGUUGGUAGGGACAGUUCUAUCACUUCGCCUCCUGGCAAUGCUUAGAUCACAGCAGAGAGAGCUGAUUCUGAAGGAAACAACUAGUGCCAUGGUGAACAAACAGCUGUGUCAGGAAUGCUACCAGAGCCCCCACUAAGGUAAAUGAGGAUUAAGACUUGAGGAUUAAGAGAUUAGGACUUGGAAAGAUGUGGUUUGAGGGGACAGACUAAGUGCUCCAUCAGGUUAUCCACAGAAGCUGCUGGUCAUGAGAUGAAACUACAGCAUUAUCCCAGGAGAAAGCAGGCUUAAGCCAGGACAGACAAGGAGGGUGUGUGUCUCACGAUGAUAAGAGAGCCUUGCUCCAGUGGCCUUGGGAAAAGCUGCCUGUCAUGUGGAGUCCUCACCUCCUCAGCCUGGUCUGCAGUCUCAGUCUCUGGUUGUAGCACUGGGUGUCCCAGUGACCUUGCUGUGCUGCUCACUUUUCAGGUGUCAGACUCAGCCUCAGCAUUCACUUUGAGUCAUCUGUUUUUCUUGUUAGAGUCAUAGUCAGACAAUAGGAAUCUUAUGCACCCUGUGGGUGGGUCAGGAACUCAGAAGCAAUGACAGGGCCAGGAUCUGAUGAGAGGGGGCCCACAGUAUUCCUCUGAGCUUUCUGUCUGUAAUCAUCUCCAUUUCUACCAAAGAUAAUCACAGUAGGACCAGCUUGGCUCCAAAACUCCUGAUUGUUUACAGAAGUACACCAGAAGAAUCACAGACUGAAAAUUUGUUUUGGUGGAAAAUUUGAGAAGAAAUCUCAGAGUAGCUUUUCACAAGCCUCAAGGGUGGAAGCCAAACUAGGGAGUCAGCAUUGCACACAAAUGCUCACAGAUGACGUUCCAGGCAAAGCCAGUGUCUCCAGUUGUGUCUCACUAUGAAAAGAACAGAUUCUUAUUGACUUAAAUGUGCUCAGGAAGAGUUUCUAAAUUGGGGAAAUAUAGGGAGAAAAAGUAAAUGUAAAUGUUUCAAUUUUGUUUAAAAAGCAUAUUUUAUCAAUAAAACAUAAAAAGAAUCAGCACUGUUUUAACUAAAAAGCGAUUAAAAUCAUGAUUUCACUUCA